AUGCCAACAGAUAAGAAUACUGAGGUGGCGCAGUUGACUGCGUAUAUGCCUUGGUUAAAGCAUGAUGAGGCUCUAGAGCUGCUGGAGAGAUACGGUGGAAGUGCAGAGAGUGUUAUUAACUUCUUGGAGGAGGCAUCUAAUGCACCCCAAGACAAACAAACACCACCACCACCGCAACAACAACAACAACAACAACAAUCUUCUUUGCCAGCUUCCAAAGAUCGACAGAAGGCUGAGAAACACUUUGUGGGUGGUGGUCCUUCUUCUGGACAGGUGGUGCUUGGCGGUGAGGAUAAGGUGAAGGAUGUGAUUGAGUCUAUUUUUGAACGGGCGCGGGCGCAGACACCCGGUGAGGAUGCGGACGGUGUGCAGGCCUUCUUUGGCCGCGGCCGGCGUCUGGGAUACACCACGGCGCCAAGCCCGUUUAUUGCCUCAACAGCCCAUCAACAUCGUGAUAUUGUCGUAACGGUCUAUCGUAAUGGUUACACCAUCGAUAAUGGACCUCGACAGGAAAAGGACAGUGAAGAGGGGAUGGCCUUCUUUAAUGCACUUAAUAACGGCGUGGUGCCAGACAGUGUGGCGGCAAUGUAUCCAAACACAAAUAUAUCUGUUCGUCUCGUGGAUUGUACACAACAGGAUGCCCCAACAACGCAUGUAGCGUUUACGGGAGAAGGACGACGACUGUGUAGUCCCACCACCACUACAACUACAACAGCAGGUGCAGGAGCUGCGGAGGCGACUGCAUCAAGUCUUGCGAAUGCAGGAAGUGGAACUUUUCAAUUACACGAGGAUGAGGAAACUUCCAAGUUGGUGAUUGUUAACCUUCUUGGUGAGCGUAAGGAGUUUACAGUGAACCCUAAACGUCACACUGUGGGUGAUCUUUUUAUUUUGGCAGCACAACAUGCACAACCGGGUGCGGUGGCUUUUCAACUGAUCGCUCGAGAUAUUCCACCACGUCCACUGCAGGAUACUUCAUUGACCAUUGAUGCUGCUAAACUGCGAAACGCUACAGUGAUUAUGCGACGGGUUUAA